CAAUAUGUCUGCGCCCUCCAGCAAGGUGGGGAAAGAGCUGUAAUUUUAUAAGUCAAUUAGCAAAUAGUGUUUAAACAAAGUUUGUCUAAGUCUUGUAUCUUUAUAUUCAUAAUAAGGCUUUCGGCAGCAUGUUCAACAUAUAUGAGACUUGUGACAGUCUCUAGAUUGCGUAUUAACACUGCAAUGAGCUUUGUUUACUCUGUCAGAUGCUCCUGUUAUUAUUUUUUAAGUUGAAACCCAGCCUUUAUUACAACACCAUAUGUCAUCGGUCGAUUUUAUGAAGACAAUUGACAUUGUAACUCUAUAAAUUUGUGAUUGUGUGUGAUGCAUCAAUAAUUGUAGCCGAUGACAUCGCGUGAAUGAUUCAAAGCUUAAUGUUUCCACAAAAUAUUACAACGAUUGAUGUAUUUUACGAGUCGCAUCUGAGAAUGUCUUCUUUGUGUUAAAUAGCUUAUAUAGGAAAAGUGUAUGAGGUAAAAACCUGAAUUAUUUUAAAUAAUUAAAAUAUCUCUCGAAAUGUAACUACAACAAAAUGUUCCCCAGCCAAUUAGACUCUGUUUGUUCUACGACUUUAUAGAAAACCAACUAAACUAAUCUACAAUGGCUCACAGAAGACUUUUAACUCUUUUUCCAAGAGGAAAGGAGUGGAUUACCCUGUUUCACAAACCCCAGCAUGUCAUCAACCAAACUGUUCAUGAGCUUGUAAGUCCUUUCUCCGGUAAAAGCAAAAGGACACUUCACACAGGUGCACCGUUGAUGGUGAAACUACUGUCAGUGGAUGAGCUUUUUGCAAGGAGGUCUCUCCAGGAGCACCUGAGUAAGAUUGAAAAAGAAUACAGUGAGUGUUUGAAAGUGGUCAGUGGCAGUGUGGCUGAAGAUCCCUGCAGUGAGGAUGACAUGAGGGCCAAGAGGACCAAAGUAUCUCUGCUUUCCCCCCUCAUCCAAAGCAUGAGAGAGCUGGACAUAAAACAGAAAGAAAUGGCAGAGACUGAGAUGCUUCUGAAAGAUGAAGAUAAAGACCUACGAGAACUGGCUGAGCUGGAAAAAGAAAACUGUUUGCAGGAUAUCCAAGACCUAAGAGAAAAGAUCCUGGAUCUGUUGAUCCCUGAGGAGGAAGCGGACUUGAGUGACCUCGUUCUGGAAGUCACAGCUGGGGUUGGCGGUCAGGAGGCCAUGCUGUUUAAUGCUGAGGUGUUCGACAUGUACCACGGCUUCGCUCAGCACCAGGGCUGGUCCUUUGACAUCCUCGAACACAUGACCAGCGACAUUGGUGGACUACGCCAUGCCUCUGCCAGUAUCAGCGGCCCUCAGAGCUACAAAAAGAUGAAGUUUGAGGCUGGAGUUCAUCGAGUUCAGAGGGUUCCCAAGACUGAGAAACAGGGCCGGAUGCACACCAGUACCAUGACUGUGGCUGUGCUUCCCCAACCCACGGAGAUCUCUUUCACUAUAAACUCAAAGGAUCUCAGGAUAGAAACGAAGAGAGCAAGUGGAGCUGGAGGUCAACACGUCAACACGACAGACAGCGCAGUCAGAAUCGUCCAUCUUCCAACAGGCGUGGUUGCAGAGUGCCAGCAGGAACGCUCACAACUGAAGAACAAAGAGAAAGCCAUGAAGGCUCUGAGAGCCAAGCUGUACAGCAUGAAACUGGAGGAAGCGACCAGUAAGCGCUACAACCAGCGCAAAAUCCAGAUAGGAACUAGAGGGAGAUCAGAGAAAAUCCGGACCUACAACUUUGCCCAGGACCGUGUAACGGACCACCGGAUUGGCUUGACAGUGCACGACAUCAAGAGCUUCCUGCUGGGAGAGAAUCUGCUGGAGGAGAUGAACUGCUCUCUGCAGGAGUUUUCAAAUCAAGAGACGCUCAUGGAGCUGCUGGAAGAGAGCAGCCAGGAGGGCUAAUGAGUUUGGAACUUUCUGCUGCACACUCAGCAGAAUUUCACUCCAUAAUGCUGCUCAUUCCUACCCUGCUUUCAGUUCUGAGACAAAAUGAAAUAAAUUGUAAAAAAAAAAAGACAAGGAGCAAGUACCUCGCCUGAACUGCGACAGCAUGGCUCCCAGUUCAUGCCGUUUUCAUGUAUGAUUUCAGGCAAUCGUAAACCUUUUUUUAUACAAAGAGAAUGUUUUAUGUAAGGACUGUUCUAAGAGCACCGUGGUCUCUUUUUGUAACACCUGACUGGAUGGAAAAACAUACUUUGCUGGCAAAAUAAAUGUGAAAUGUUUUUAGAUUUAAGAUAACCGUGAAAUUGAUGACGUGUGCCAUGUUUAACUGUCAUAAAACCAUGGACAGAUAAGGAGAGAAGGUUUAAUGAGCAACCACCCACAUUCACUCAUUUCUGACACGCUCAUUUAGUUUCAGCAGUUAAUCUAACAUGCAUGGUUUUGCAACAUGCAAACUCAAAAAGGCUCGGCCGAGAUCCCAACUGGGAACCCUGUUAACAUGAGGCAAUGGAGAUCACCACCACUGUGAGCCCUGUUCAACUAAAUAUGCAGCAAUGGAGACUCAACACUGGUGAGUGGAUGCAGACUGGCCACAAAGAGAUGCACAGGCAUCCACUUGUCAUUUGACAAAAGUAGGUGCCAAAUGACAAUUAUACUACAGUUAUAAAUCAAUGAAAAUAUGAAAUGCAAAACUGACACACCAACACAAUAAAACACAAAUUGAUUAAAGGCCCUUCUACAUUCGAUGUGAACAAGGUACACAAGGACAGACGAGAAGGUCACACGCAUUUUAAAAAUUCGAUGCAUUUGCUUCAGUCAUAAACUGAUACCGACAUAUUAUAUCAUAUCUCUAUUUAUUAUAUCUGGGAAAUGAGCAUUAGAUUUUUAUGAAAACAGCUUAAUGUCUUGAUUCGGUUUAUCCUCUGCUGUUAAUAUGUCA